AUGCCUCAAGACCACAACAACGUGCUGGUGCUGGUACCGUUCGACGUGGACCAGCCGGUAACCAAAAACCCCGACCUGCGAGGUAUCAAGCUCUUCAAGUUGAUCACCAAGCGCCUCACCAGACGCCACCAUUUCGUCUACAGCGAGGAGCUCGACUGCUCCAGCUCCUCCUCCAGCAGCUCUUCGAGCUCGUCGAGCUCAUCCAGCAGCUGCUCGUUCGCCUCCAAAGGCGCCCAAAGGUACUGCCGCUCGAGCAGCUCGUCGAGCUCCAGCUCCAGGUUGGACAGGUCGGCGUCGUCGGAGAGCCUGCGGAAGGCUUUCGGGUCGAUGAGCCUGACGGGGGGCGGGGGGUGCAGGUCGCGCAGCACCGACGCCGGCGGCGGCGAGGAGGCGGCGAACAAGCGGAGUAAGGGCAAGAAGCAGGAGCAGCCGAAGAGGAUCCUGAGGCAGCCGGUGAGCUACGCCUACGCCAAAGGUUUGAGCGGGUUGCCCACCAGGAGGGUGCCGAAGAGCUCCAGGUGGUGUCAGGAGUGCGAUUGCAGGAUGAAGUACCGAUGA